AUGUGGUCCUCGGUCGUAGGAAUGUUUCAGGUACUAUACAGCUAUCUGUAUCUGCUAGGGAUUGCACUUGCUGUGUACUAUGUUGGCUGGGUCAUCUAUGCGUUAUGUUUCCAUCCCCUGCGACACAUACCCGGACCAGUCCUCGCACGAAUCAGUCGUGCUUGGAUCACAUGGCACAUACUCCGUGGUGACAUGGAAUACGAGCAACGGCGGCUGCACCAUACCUACGGCCCCCUGGUCAGGAUAGCACCCGACGAGGUAGCCUGUGCGGAUCCAAAGGCAAUUCCAAUCAUCUAUCCCAUGAAAUCUGCACCUCCCAAGAGCGACUUCUACAGUAUGUGGCAGAAUCCGAACAUUGGAAACUUCCCAGACCACUUCAGCCAGCGUGACGAAAAGACACAUGCCGAGCGGAGACGAAUCGUCAGUCAUAUCUAUUCUCUGACCAAUAUCCUUCGAUCUGAACCGUAUAUCGACAAUUGUUCCGAUUUGUUCAUGCGGCGGAUGGGGGAAUAUGCAGAUGCUGGGGAGAUCGUAAAUCUUGGAGAAUGGCUGCAAUGGUACGCCUUCGACGUCGUGGGCGAGCUCUUCUUCGGCAGAAUGUUUGGCUUCAUGCAAGAGAGGCACGACCACCAGAACUUCAUCGCCUCUCUCGACCUGCUGCUGCCGUUCCUCACCGUCACCAGCGUCAUUCCGAGCUACCUGCGAACGCUGCUCGCGAUCUCCGCCUUCAUGUUUCCCAGUGUGCGAAAAGCUUUUGAAGCGAUCGGCACCAUCGAGUCCGCGGCGAAGAACUGUGUGACCGAAAGGGCCGAGCUGUUGCAGAAUCCCGACCAAGGCCCGCCACGGCGAGACAUACUGCAGCAGCUGUUCAGCAUCAAAAACAGUAAGGGGCCGGACGUCAACUUUUCUGAGAAGGACAUGGCCAAGGAAUCCUAUUCCGCAUUAUUCGCCGGAUCCGACACAACGGCCAUCGCUAUGCGAGCGACUUUGUACUUCCUCAUGACCAACCCGCCCAUCUACGCCCAAGUCAUGUCUGAAAUCGACCAGGCCACAGCCGACGGCACGAUCCCAGUCACCGGCCCAGUAGCGUACUCGCAGGCGAUCAAACUGCCGCUGCUCUGCGCGAGCAUCAAGGAAGCCCUGCGCCUCCACCCGAGCGUGGGCUUGACGCUGCCCCGCGACGUGCCGUCUCAAGGCCUCGUGAUCGGCGACACGCCCAUCCCCGGCGGCGGGACGCGUAUCGGCAUGAACGCAGCCGUUGUGCAGUAUGAUCGAUCCAUCUUCGGCGCAGACGCCGAAGCGUUUCGGCCGGCCCGCUGGCUAUCAGACAACACGGCCAACAUGGAUCGCUGCAUGCUCCAUUUCGGGGCUGGGACCAGGACUUGUCUGGGGAAGAACAUCUCCCUGAGCGAGCUGCACAAGCUGAUCCCCGCGCUGCUUCGGGACUUCCAGCUCAAACUAGCCACCAAGGAACCGUGGAAGACGUACAAUUUCUUCUUCAACACGCAAAAGGGCUUGCUGGUUCGGCUACAGCGGCGGAACGUUAGUAUAUAA